AUGCAAGCUGAAAGUGUUACUGUAUGGGCUGAUCUAUCCUCUCAAGGUGUAAUGGGGCCUUAUUUCUUCGAUGGCACGGUGACUAGUCAAAAUUAUAUGGAAAUGUUGAGCGAUUAUCUGAAAGAUAUUGCUUAUCAAAAGAAGCACCGAACCUUAUCCAGUCUCAAACAAUCAAUUACUUCAGCUUUUUCGGCAAUAGAUUCUGAUCUGUGCAAGAAAGUUUGUGAAUCAGUAUCAGAAAGACUUCAAAAGUGCAUCGAUGCUGAUGGGCGUCAAUUCGAACAUUUAUAUUAA